AUUAGUUAUUUAAAUGCAUGACUUGGUAUGAUUAUUAUUUAAUGAUAAGGUUAAUUACUGACACAUUUGUUUAAACCAGCUGUGCAGUUUACAACCUGAAAGACUACAGAACGCUUCUCUGUAGAUUUAGAAAUUGUUUGUUGUAAUAAAAAUUUCAAAAUGGUUCUUACUGGAAAAUAUACAGUGGUUGGCGAAGAAAAUUUUGCUAACUAUCUCAGCGCAAUGGGUUUUCCGUACAACUAUGUGAAAUACUCAAUUGAUAUUAAACAAGACCCUGAUAAAGUUACCGUAAUAAAAUCUUAUGAAGGAAAAUCGAAAGCAGUCGUUAUUCCAUUGGGCGUAGAAUACGAAGAGACUAAUGCCUUAGGAGUAGUAGUUAAGUGUAUGGCUAGAUUCGAAGGAGAUAUUCUUAUAGUCCAAGCCGGCGAUGUUACAAAGACCUACACCUUUACUCCCACUGGUGGAAAUAUUGUUUAUAAAUCUCCCAUAUCCUCCGGAAAACUUAUUUUUAAGAGCGAUGAAUGAAGUUUUGUUGAAUUUUGUUUUGUUAUUGUUUGAAACGAUAUAAAAUAAUAAAAACUUAGGAUAUGUAUAUAA